AUGGGUUUCACGUCAAACCAGUUGAAUAUUCUAAUUUUCAAAAGUCUACUUGCCCGUUUUCUUUCUUGAGACGGCAUUUCUUGUCCCCUUCUCCGACAGUUACAUUCUCACUGGCACAUAGACCUGACCUAGAAUUGCUACAUAGAAUUCGGACUAAACCAAAACGCUGGGACGUGCGGGGGAGACAGCAGGAAAUCUUAGUUAUGGAUAUAAUGUAGUAGGACCGCUGGAAGCUACGGCGAAAGGGGGGUAGACAUUUCUGUUUAUAACAUUGGUCGAAUAAUGUAGCUAUUUCAUCGCUACAAUUAGACUAUAGAACGUAGCCUACUAAGCGAAUCAAGCCCAAUGAGUUAUUCCAGGUGUGUGUUUGGCUGCAGUGACCUGUGAGGGUGUUGCCAGUGACAGAGCAAGGAUCAACUCCUGCCUUCAGCCUGUCUUUGUCUGAGUGGGAGGAGUCAGGGUUCAAAGGUUGUGACUCUGAGGACCCGCGGGCUGUAUUUCCAUAUGAGGCCCUGCUGAGGGGGCUGGGGACCAACCGAGGUUUUGGAGUAACACACGUUUCUCUUCCCGUUGCAGGGAUGGCCACAUCUAUAUCAUGACAAUGAUGGACAUGAGUGCCCAAGGGCUGUGAGAGCCCCUUGGGGAAACUUCAUGCACAAACCCACUCUCUUCCUCACACAGAAACACACACUCUCUCUGACACACACACAGUCUUAUUGAGACACACUCACACACACACAGAGCAUGUUGGAGGUCCAGGAGGAAAGGCCUGCCACAGCAGGAGGGACGGCAGCAACACACUUCAGCAAGAAAGAGCGAGGGAAGAAGGAACGAGAGGAGGCCAAGGACGGCCGGGGGAAUAUCGGGAUCAGUAUUCCAGGUUCGGGUGGCCGAGGGAACGGCAGAGGGAAAGCCCCUCACACACACACAGGCAGCCCCCACCAGCUCAUCACCCCACCCUGCUCUGUGGUGCUGGGAGCCCCCUCCAUUCAUCACAACAGACUGAAGAACUCCCCAUCCACCAACACACAGAGUCCUAAACCCAAGCCAGAAGUCAUGGUGCGCUCCCCUCCUGUCAUGUCUCCCUCCGGUGGUGCCGCCCAAAUGGACUCCAAACUGCCCAAUCAGAACAAACCAGGAAGCUGCGGCAGCCAACUUCAGGCUUCGCCCUGCGACCUCAAGACAGUGGGUGUUAAGGGCUCCCAGCAGGGGGGUGUAUUGGGGACGGGCCCAGGGGGCAUGGGGGGGCUAAAGAACGGCCAGGGCCUGAUCUCUGGGGGACAGGGGUCAAAGGUGAAGGUAAAAAGAGAGAGGAGCACUUCGGUGGAGUCCUACAACGAGCAGCAGCCAGACACAGUCACGCCCACCAGCGAUGACAAGGACAGUAACAGGGUGAAGAGGAUGUGUGUGGCUGAGAGGAGGCAGCCCUACAGUGGAGCUGACUGGUGCUCUGGAGGAGAGAGUGAUGAGGACGACAAAGGAUUCUUCAACUGUAACUCCAGUGACGUGAAGCCCCAGGACUCCAACUCCCAUCCUCCCUCCAACGCCGGACUCAGCCGCUCUUCCACGCCCUCCCACAAUCCACUAGGAGGCCAGGGCGCAGCGUCGGAGUCGGCGGGUGGUCAGAAGGCUGGGUCUAAAGUGGUUUAUGUCUUCACUACAGAGAUGGCCAACAAGGCAGCCGAUGCUGUUUUAACAGGACACUCAGAAAACAUAAUCAACUUCCACAUGAAAAACAUAUCCAACAGCAAGGACAAGACCCCCCUCCCACCCCUGAACAAUCAGACAGGACCCCUCCGAGGUGACUCCAAGCCCUCUCAGCAGUCAUCUCACCCCUCAGACCAGAACCACCAGACAGUGUCUAAACCUGGCAUGACUGAUCAAGCUCCACCCCAGCCCCCUCCCCAGGGGAUUAAGCCUGGUUCACUCACCCAGGAUGGGGCCUCCUCAGCAGGCAUGGACCCCAAGAAAAUCCCUGGUAAUACCAUGGGUCCAGGUGACCAGGCCCCUGGGUGCCAGCCUCAGUCCGAACAGGGCAUGCCUCCUGUGAACCCCCCUCAGCCUGGGGAAGGAGUAGGGCCGGGGUCAAUGGGGAUGGGUCACCCUGGUCUGACACCCCAGCAGCAGCAGCAGCAGCAACUGGCCCAGGAGCUUCUCAACAUGGAGGCCAAUACCGAGGGACUGUCCCAGGAACAGCUGGAGCACCGCCAACGCUCCCUCCAGACACUCCGAGACAUCCAGCGCAUGCUCUUCCCUGACGACCGCGACGCCCCACCGCCACCCGGCCCCCAUGGGGGACCCCCACAGCCCCACGACGGCAUGCCUGAUGUGGGACCCAGGAGGCCGGAGCAGGGCCCUCUCCAGGCCAUGAUGGCCCAGUCCCAGAGCCUAGGUCCACCAGUGGGACCAGGAGGGCCCCGACCCCAGGGACCCCCAUUCGGCCCCCUGCAUGGACACCCCAGAGACAUGCCCCCUUUCCCAGACGAGCUGGGUCACAUGAUAGGUCCUGGGGGGUGUGGAGACGGAGAUCACAUGACCCCGGAGCAGGUGGCCUGGCUGAAGCUGCAGCAGGAGUUCUACGAGGAGAAGAAGAGGAAACAGGAAAUGCAUCACCGCCCACUUCCUCCCGACAUGAUGAUGCAUCCCCACGGGCCGCGCGGCAUGAUGAGAGGACCCCCACCUCCCUACCAGAUGGGCCCCGGAGAGGUGUGGGGUCCAGGGGGGCCGGGAGGGCCAUCAGAGCACUACCAGGAGCGCAUUGCCAUGGGCCCCAGAGGGAUGCCGCCUCACAUGCAGAGGAUGCCAGGGUUCCCCCAAGGCAUGAUGAAUCCUGAUAUGGAGGGACCCCCCAGGCCCGGGAUGGGCUGGCCUGAAGACAUGCCCCCCAGAAUGGGGAUGGGGGAUGGCCGAGGGUUCCCAGGAGGGCCAGGGGGGAUGUUCGGAGGUCCAGGGUUGCGGGGAGAGCGCUUCCCCAACCCCCAGUCAGUCCAGGAGGCUAUGUUUCACCAGGGGAUGGGGGGCGACAAGGGACCGGGCCUUCCUCCACAGAUGAUGAUGGAGAUGCAGAGGAUGAUGGGACACCAAAGAGGCGGCAUGGAGCCGGGCAACGGGGGCGGGAUGAUGUUUCCCAGGAUGCCUGGCGAGGGCCCCAUGAGCCCCUCCUCCAGACUGGCUGUGAUGGGGGGCCGGGAUAUGGGCCCUGAGUUUGGCAUGGGCUCCCAUGGGAACCCCCAACUACGAGAUGGGCCAAUGAAUAUGAGCCCAGACGAGAUAAUGAGAAUGAGAGGGCCUCCAAUGGACAACAUGGGGCCCCAGGGAAGGCAGAUGCAGGGGUCCCACUUCCCUGACCAUCCCCAGCCAGGGGACUUCCCCAUGGGGCCCGGACGGCCCUUCCCUGGGGGUCCUGGAAGUAUGAGGGGGCCUCAUGGAGAGCAGCCCUACCGUGGCCCGGAGCACAGGACCACGCCUACGGCGGGCAACGGCCGACUUAACCACCUUCCCCCCGCCGCCGGAACACCCCAGGGCCAGAGGGGACGUAAGCCUGCAGAACUGAACAUCCAGUCAGGAGGGGCCAGCUCGCCCAGUCUCAAUCCCCUCAAGUCCCCUCCUUUGAGGCAGGUGCAAUCCCCCAUGAUGGGCUCUCCCUCUGGGAACCUCAAGUCCCCCCAGACCCCCUCCCAGCUGGCUGGUAUGCUCUCCGGCCCUCCGGGACCCAACGGCCCCCCUAACACUGCCAACUCGGCCCCAAUGAAGUCCCCUCACUCUAUGAUGGGGUCUGCUGGUGCCUCCCCAGUACAUAUGAGGUCCCCGUCCCUCCCCAACCCUUCUCCAGGGUGGGCAUCCUCCCCCAAACCCCCCAUGCCCAGCCCAGUACUCCCCCAGCAGCAGGGGGGGAAAACCCCCCUCAGUAUGACCUCACCUAACAUGAUGGGUAACAUGGAGCAAGGUGGUAACGUCCCCCCUCGUCAGGAGCCCAGUCUGGCCCCAUGCCCCUCCAGGGGUCCAGGUGGCGCCCCGACCGGCAGCCCCUAUUCCCUCCCCCCCGAACCCACGCUAUCCCAGAACCCCCUCUCCAUCAUGAUGUCACGCAUGUCUAAGUUCGCCAUGCCAAGCUCCACCCCCCUCUACCACGAUGCCAUCAAGACGGUGGCGAGCUCGGACGACGACUCGCCCCCCGCACGCUCCCCAAAUCUACCCCCCAUGAACAACAAUGGUAUGGGAAUGAACCAGCACCAAGGUCCUCCUCGUAUGAUGGGCCCCGGCUCCUCUAGCUCAAUGCCUGCCCUCAGUCCUCUGGGUAUGACCCCCAUGGGCUCCCAGCCUCUCUCCCACGGCAUGCCCCAGCAGAUGCCUUCUCCCAACAUUGGCCCGGGCAUGAUGCCCCAUGGCAUGAUGAUGCCCCCCAACCCCCAGGACCAAGGCAUGGGCAACCCCCAGAUGAUGUCCCAGGGGCGAAUGGGCUACUCCCACCGAGUGCAGGGCUACCCCCUGCCCCAAUCCCCCUCCCAGCAGGGUCCCUUCUCCCCCCACAAUGGCCCCGGGCCCCAGGUCUUCCCAGGACAUCCCAUGGGCUUCCAGGGAGAGGGGGGUCCUAUGGGGGGUCGGAUGGGGAACAUGCCCCAUGGAGGGGGAGGCGACGGGGGUAGGCCCAACAACCCUGGAGGACCGCAGUUCAACAUGCAGGGAGAGUUUAGUGAUGCAGAUCUGCAUGAAGUGAUGCGAACAGGAGCAUCUGGUAUGCCAGAGUUUGACCUGUCCAGGAUCAUCCCAUCAGAGAAGCCCAGCCAGACUCUGUCCUACUACCCCAGGGGAGGAGGAGAUGGGCCUGGCCCAGGGGGGAAACCUCCACACAUGCAGGGGAUGAUGCAGGGUAUGAUGGGGGAGGGCCCGCCCAGGAUGGGCAUGUCCAUGCAAGGGAUGGGGGGGAUGGCUGGGGGGCCGGGAGGUGGUAUGGCCCCCCAGGACAUGCCCAUGGGAAACCCUUCCCACAAUCAUAUGCGGCCGCAUGGACCCCCAGGGUUCAUGGGUCAGGGAAUGAUGGGACCCCAGCACCGGAUGAUGUCACCGGGGGGCAUGAUGCAGGGGAAGGAGAGGGGGGUGCUCUACAACCACCCUGGGCCUGGGGGGUCGCCCAAUAUGAUGAUGUCACUACAAGGCAUGGGUGCCCCCCCCCAGCAGACGAUGAUGAUGGGGGGGCAUAUGAGGCAGCGUGGCAGGGACAUGGACAUGGGGUUCAGCCCAGGGCCCGGAAUGUUCUAACACACAACUCAUAGAAUCUUGGACCUUGAAUGUUCUGAGCCGAUAUACAGUAUGGGGAUGGAAUAAGUCUCACAGCAGAUAAGAGAUGGAUUAAAACGCAGGAAGUAAGGAAUGAAAGACAGAGGUGGGUUCUCUGGAUUAAAACAUGUAGUGCAGAGGAAUGGGUAGUUAAUGGCUUGUGGGAGCUACAUAGCCCAGUACUUGUCUUUUACCACAAGCAUUUCAUUUAGUCUCUUCAGAAAUGUCUGAAUGUAUGGGAUUGCUGUGCUUCAAUGUCAAUUUAAACUGUUCAAGUGUUUUUUUUUCUUCUAAAUCUCUGAUUAUAAGGGUGAGUUGAGCAUCGGAGAGGAAUGGAGUGAACCACCUUGGAGGACUGUACAUCGACUUUUUCAAAUCAGUUAAAAAUCAACAAUGGAUUUGUCCGGUAAUGGAUAACAAACAUAGAAAGACUUUGUGGAAUAAAAUCGUACUUUGAGAAGAUUUCAAUGGAACUCCCAUCUUCUCUCUGGCUCCAUCGUUUUGACUAUUUCUGUCCAGUAUGACUGUGUGUGUAUGUGCCUGUGUGUGUGUUUUUGUUGUAAGUAUGUAUAGGGAUUCUAUCAAUGACCUCUAAGCUCUCUUAUCCACCUUUCAUUGGGGGAGGGACGCCCCACUAAAGAACAGUACUGUUUUCCAUUCAUUUCCUUUGUAACUCCAGUGUAUAACAAACCAAACUAUGACCUCAAAGAUACUAGUAUUAUUAAAAAAGCACAAACAUG